AUGUCUCGUCAAAGAACACCGUUGAGAUCAAAGUCCUCAAUGUCAAACUUUCUGACAGCAGGACUUACGACACCUCAACAGCAGACACCGCGGCCACGAGUGAGCAUGACGGAAUUAAGAAAGCCCCCUUCUGGAAGAACGAUAAGACCAAGCUCACCAAGACAAACUAGAUCAAGACCAGGCUCUGCCAUGGGUAGUUUGGGUGGAAGUCGGCCAUCAACUCCAUCAUCAUCUGGAUUCGGUCAUAAUGAGCCUUACAGUGGAUCUAUAAGUGUCUCCGUUAGGCCAAACCCACACAGUGCUAGCCAGACUUCCGUUUGGAAAAUAGAUGAAUUUACAAACACCAUUUUCAAUAAUCAUGACUCUAGUUCAUUCCAGUUUGAUAACGUGUUUGCACCUCAUGAAUCUAAUACCAAUCGACACGUUUACAAUAGAUCUUGCUCUAAUAUUGUUCAGAAGUUCAUGAGCGGGAGCUUCAAUGGCACUGUUUUCGCAUAUGGUAUGACGGGUUCCGGUAAGACAUUUUCCAUGAAAGGUGAUGAAAAUGAACCCGGCUUUGUCAGGCUCGCAAUCGAAGACAUAUAUAAUCAGAUUGAAUCAGAUGCUUAUUCAAAGAAUUACGUUUUGAGCGUGAAUUACUUGGAAAUUUAUAAUGAGAAAAUAAUUGACUUGCUUAACGCUACGUCUGCCGAGUUAAAAAUUAGAGAUGAUCAAAUUUAUGGAACGAGAAUAGUUGGGAUUCUGACUCCAACUAUUCAAAAUAAAGAGCAGCUUUUAAAUUAUAUAAAAAAAGGGGAUAAUAAUAGAAAGACAAGUGCAACAGAUUUCAACGCUAGAUCUUCUCGCUCACAUUCUAUUUUGCAGUUAAAAUUAAAGAUUACUGAUAUGAAUAACAGGACGGAGCAGUAUUCUACCCUUUCCCUUUGUGAUUUAGCUGGAUCUGAAAAAGCAACAUCAAGUAUAGAAAGAAGGAAAGAAGGAUCAUAUAUUAACAAGUCAUUGUUGGCUUUGUCAACUGUUAUAAAUAAACUAUCUGUUAUCUCUUCAGGAAAUGGUAGCCCGACAUCAAUUGAGCAUAUUCCAUACAGAGAUUCAAAAUUAACCAGAUUGCUUCAGCCUGCGCUUUCUGGAGCAUCCUUAGUACUGAUAUUAUGUACAAUACACUUAGGAUCCCCGACAGGGAAUGCAGGCGAUCAGCAGUUUGUCUCAGAAACUUAUAAUACUUUGAGAUUUGCAGCAAGAGCAAAGCAUAUUAUCAUGAAUGUACAAGAGAACAAAUCUUCAAACUUUGGAGAGAAUGAGUCUGUGAUAGAGGAAAUGCGUAAAAUUAUAGACACGCAAAGGCAUGAACUUAAUAAGCUCCGCUUGAAUACUCCAGGUGCUACAAAUAUCAGUAAUCCACCUAUGAAUUUAGAGAAAAUGACCCAAUUGGAGGCUGAAAAUAAAGUCUUGAAUGAAAAAAUUGAGCAUUUGACUAGACUAACUGACUUACAGAAAACAGAGACUGUCAUAUUAAAAAAUCAUUCUCUUAAUGAUCUUUUAGGUAUGGGAAUAGAAAGAAAUUCCCUGCAAAUGAUGAUGGCUAAUUUAGAAAAUUUCUAUAAAAGAGUACACUAUGAAAUGGAAGAGUACAAAACAUAUACGUCACGUCUAGAAAACCAAAUCAAAACCCUUCAGGUUCAAAAGUUGAAUUAUGAGAAUUCAGAAUCGAUAGUAAGAGAUUUUCAAGGUGGGAUCACUGACAAACAUAUGGAAGCUGCUUUAAAAGAUCAAGAGGGUGAAAUUUGGCAUUUGAAAGAGCUCUUGAAAGAUAAGGAGCUUAUUAUUAGAAGCUUGACUAAGACAAGUAAGUUGCGUCGCUUGGUGGAUUCCAAUUCAAUGAAUUCCGCAGGCUCGGACGAAGUCAAAGAAAAAAAGCUCGCGGCUGGCAUUCCUUUAGCAUCUAUAGACAAGGAGAAUAUGUUAUCCGGAUCGUUUAGAAACCACAAUUGA